AUGAAUGAGACUAUUCUUGGCCGCAUGUUGUCGAGGGGCGGGUGGACCUCGAGCAUCAAUAGCAUACUUGGCCAUCAAGCUUCCAGCAACACGGACAAGCCGGUGCCAAGUCGAGCGUCUGUCAUGUCCAAAUGGCUCACGAGAGAAUGCACUCUCGGCCCGCGUCACAACGGGAGCAAGCCCGCUUUCGUCGAAAUCGGCCAGACGCACUUCAUCGGCGGUUCUCCGAUAUCUACCAGCGACGAACGAAACAUUGUCUACACCGCAAUAUCGCACUCCCUGCCUUUGCAGGCAAAGCUACAAUCCACCCACUACAACGUGGGCACGGCCGACUGUCCUCCUCGCUCCGUCGCCAUUUGCCCUCAUCGUUCUUACGUCGCCUUUGGCAGCUCUUCGGCUAUCGAGAUACAUAACAAUGAUAGAAGUGCAAAGCAAAAUGCCCGCCGCUUUGCCUUGUCCACACCCAGCGACUACAUCUAUUUUCUUCCUCCGGGUGACGCAAACGACCCAAGACGCAAACUUCGCCUGAUCAGCGCCGCGUCAAUCUCAGACUGCCACGCCGGCUCGCUGCAAGACGUAUUGGGUGGUCUUGGCUUCAAUGAAAUCGACUUCACCCCCCAGGUCCCGGUUAUCAUCUCACGACUUGAGACGUCUGAACUAGAGGAAGACGCUUCGAACGUCUAUACCAUCAUGGAGCAGCAGUUGUCCGCCUCCCUCGGUCCCUUUGCCAAUCAAAGAAGCCAGUGGACAAGAACGGGAAGAGUCCUCCCAAGGCCUAGAUUAUCCACUGCCGACAACUAUCGAGCCGUGCCCUUGAGCGACGGGUCUCACAUCCUUUUUACAGACCCCAAGACUAGGUACCUGAGCCUGGUUUGUGAUGAUCCCAAAUGGUCGAGGGCUGGCAUUGUGACCAAGGUGAAGUUUUGUCCACCAGCGGCAGCAUGCGAAAGUGCGCCGCUCAUGUAUGCCGUUGGGAGGGACUUGGUACAUGGUGUGAGAAUUGCUGCCGUUUUCCCAACGACACGGUGGACGGAAGGAGAAGGGUUCCAACCAGGGGAGCAAAUUCUCGCUUUCUACACCAUCCCACCAGAUAUGUUCCGAGAUCUCUCAAACACUAACAGCCUCCUGAGUUUGGUCGACAGCCAAGGGGAACAUCAAUGGGCUCAUUGGUGGCCGACAUUGCAGCAUACAGUUCAGCAAUUUCUCAAAGCCAAGAACGGCGGAUUGAACAGCAAGGACAACCGGAACUCAAGGCCAAAGUUUCCAAUUGAUGUCUACGGCCAAGUCGUUGCCGUUUGCUCCGGCAUCGUCGACCUUUCGAUGGGAUCAGGCCCUGAUAUGAUGAUCUGGGCAUUUGGAAGAGAGGGCUUGGCUCGUUGCUGGACAUUGAACACCGGAAACACCAAGCUCGUGCGAAGGCAUGCAAUCUUGGGUGACGGAAGCAUGCGAAAGGUGGACGGCGAUGGGGAUUUGACGAUGUUGUAG